UGUGACAUAGAAUGUCAAUUAUUAUUUGUUAUGUGUGAUUAGAGGAUAUAUAACGUUACAUUAUGAACAAUAUUGGGAAAAGCGACUUUCUGGACAUUACUAGCCCAAGAAACCAUCCCCCGAAGAGUUUUACACAUAAUGACAAGGAGAACACGAAGUCAGCUGCGGUGCUGAUUUUAGUGCAAUUUUCAAGGCCUCCUUAUGUUAGUUUUGGAACCGUCAAAUUGGGGACAUCGAGAUCGGAAGUUUUAUGCAUUGAAAAUCCAAUCGAUGAUGCAACGGAUGUAAAAGUCGACAAAGUUGCCUCGACCAAAGGGUUUUCUGCUGAUCGAACGGCAUUCACAAUUCCGGCUGAAGACAGUACGUGUCUGACGAUAAACUGGACACCUGUGGAGGAAGGAAAUGUCAGGGAACUCGUCACUUUCAUUGCCAAUGGUAUUACUAAACACCAAGCUAUUUUGCUUGGCAGAGCAGAGGCACCGAAAAAGAAAAAGAAGAGUUUAUGGGAUUCCAUUAAGCAGAAGAAAGCAGCAGAUGUUUAUGCACCUUUUAAAGAAAAUAAAAUAAAUUCUUCACUGAAAAAAGCUGGCAACAAAACUUUCCAUGUACUUCGACAACCACAGUACAAGCCCGAGAAAGUGCGCAGCCCUCUGAAAUCAUGUAAUGAAGAGCUAGAGCAGUUGGUGCAGGAGGAGAAUUGUACACUUCUUCCAUUUGAAAGGACUCGGGUAACAGUGACACACACUCGAUUUGAGAGUGUUGUCUCCUCCCGUGAAAACUCGCCCGUUGUUCUCCUAGUUCCAGCUACCAAACUGUUUGCUACUGGGGAUGUCACUGAGGCUCCUUGUGCUAACGUGGUGGCAGUCGAUUGUUACCUCAUGUUCACUCUAGUCAGAGCCCAGUCAAUAGUGAAGUCCAAAACUGACCAAGUGAACAGCUGUGAAGAUGAAGCGAAUGAUGUAGCUCCUCUGAACUUCAGGAAAAUUCCAUUCUCAUCCUCUACUGUCACUAAAACUAGAGUGCGUCCAACUCAGGAAAGCAGUCACACAACCAGGAAAACAAGAACUUCAAAGCGUCUGCUUUUGGAGAAAACGUUGGAAUUAUCAGCAGACAAGUCUGCGAAAUCCAGUCUCCUCGGACAGAAACAUGUUGGCUGUCUACCUGUCAUCGACUCGGAUGCAAGCCAUGACACUCGCAAUUCUUUUCACUCUCCACUGGUUGCAAUGUCAUCUGCCCUUUCUCCAGUCAGAUGUGCUCACGCACAUGAUUUUCCAGUUUCCUUCCCUCCUCCUGUGGCUCAGCUUGAUUUGUCUCCAGACAUGGCAACCCCUUCCUGUGGGUCUCAGACUUCAGUCAAGUCUGAUCUCACAGUGUUGUUAAAUGUCCAACAUCAAUCAACGGCAGCAUCGUCGAUGCCACAACAAGACGAAACGCUUGUAGAUGCACAUUCCUCUGUGCCCGUGCCUACACGGUCUCUUAUGUGCAGCAAAAAAAGAAAAAGUGAUGAGUUCUUGACAGAUAAGACGGAGAAAGGAAAACCUUUUCCAGUGAAAAGGAGCCGGGUGUUUCCAGGUGCUAAAGAGACCAAGAAACCAAUCCAAGACCGGAAGUUUAGUUCAAGAUCCACUUCCCAGAGUCUGCGCAGGAAGGCAGUUGUGUCACAGAGUUCAAAUCUUGCAUCUACAGCCGCAAAAGCUACAAAAUCUGUGGGUGUGCCACAAACCAAGCUUCCAUUAUCAAAACCAGUGCCACUGUCUUUGAAAUCCUUUGGGUCAUCAUCUGUGAGGACUACCAAGGUUGUUGCAGUUGCUCAGGCACAACUAACCUUCAUAAAGCCAGCACAAACGGUGAUACCAAGACAUCCAUUACCAUUUGCUGCCAAAAACAUGUUCUAUGAUGAACGGUGGAUUGAGAAGCAAGAAAGAGGAUUUGUAUGGUGGUUAAACUAUGUUCUCACGCCAGAUGACUUCAAAGUCAACACAGAAGUAAAAAAAGUGAGUGCUGUAUCCUUAGCAAUGGGAAGUGAUAAUAAAUUCAAGUGUCCCACGGCGCCUACGAAAGAAGAGAUGUCCUUUAGAAUGUACACAGCGAGGCGUCGAUUGAACUCCCUCCGUCGUGCAGCCUGCCAGCUUUUCACGUCAGAGGCCAUGGUGAAGGCCAUACAACGUCUGGAGCUUGAGGUCGAGGCCAAGAGGUUACUGGUGCGCACAGACAGACAUCUCUGGAAGGACAUUGGAAAACGUCAGAGAAUUCUGAAUUGGCUUCUGUCAUACAAUCCACUUUGGUUGAGGAUUGGUCUUGAGACCAUUUUUGGGGAAUUGAUACCGUUGGGAAGUAAUAGUGAUGUCAUGGGAUUGGCAGUGUUCAUUUUGAACCGGUUGCUAUGGAAUCCAGACAUUGCUGCUGAAUUCAGGCAUCCAAAGGUGCCGCACCUGUACCGAGAUGGACAUGAGGAGGCCCUGUCCCGUUUCACUUUGAAAAAGCUACUCCUGCUUGUCUGCUUUCUCGACAAAGCCAAAGAAUCAAGAAUGAUUGAACAUGACCCUUGUUUGUUCUGCAUGGACGCUGAAUUCAAGACCAGUAAGGACCUGCUGCUGGCAUUUUCAAGGGACUUUCUGAGUGGAGAGGGAAUUCUUUCUCGCCAUCUUGGAUAUUUGGGCUUGGCGGUUUCCCAUGCCCAAGUGCCACUGGAUGAGUUCGACUUUGCCGUGAAGAACCUGGCUUCUGACCUAAAAUGCGGGAUCCGUCUAGUGAGGGUUAUGGAGCUCUUCACCCAAGACUGGAGUCUGUCUCGUAAACUCAGGAUGCCUGCAAUAAGCCGUCUUCAGAAAGUACACAAUGUUGAACUUGCACUGGAAGUGCUGAAAGCAAAGGGAGUUGACUUGAAAGAUGAACAUGGUUGUGCUAUUGAUGCCAGAGAUAUUGUGGAUGGACACAGAGAAAAGUCACUGGCCCUCCUGUGGAAAAUCAUCUUUGCUUUUCAGGUUGAAGUUUUGCUGGAUGAAGAACAACUCAAGGAGGAAAUAUGUUUCCUCAAAAGAACAUGGAGAAUCAGUCAGAAAUUGGAUGCAUUGAGGGCCAGUCAAGAUGUAGCAGAGAAGCCAAAGGAAAAAAGGCCUUUGUUCCAGCACAGCAGUACGAAGAUCACAUUGUUAAUGGAGUGGGUCAAUGCAGUUUCUGCGUUUUACAACUCCAAGGCUGAGAACUUCACCGUUUCAUUCUCAGAUGGGCAGAUUCUUUGCUGCCUCAUCCAUCACUAUCAUCCUUCCCAUCUGCCAUUGGAAGCAGUGUGUCGGAGAACAACGCAGACGGUGGAGUGUGGCCAGCAAGGCUGGGUUGGGCUAAAUUGUUCAUCUAGUGACUCUGAUAACUCUUUUGAUGUUUGGCCUGGGCAGCAAACUGAUACAGAAGCGUCUGCGGAUUUUGCCGAGCUUCUAGAGAAUGAGAAGAGUAACUUUCAGCUGGUUAAUACGGCAGUCUCUUACCUUGGAGGAGUUCCAGCCAUGAUGCACACAGCUGAUAUGUCAAACACUAUUCCAAAUGAAAAAGUGGUAACGUGCUACUUGUCUUUCCUUUGUGCCCGGCUUCUGGACCUGCGAAACGAGACUAGAGCGGCCAGGGUUAUUCAAGGAGCAUGGCGCAAGUAUCGACUGAAAACCCAGUUGAAGUGUUACAAGGAAACCAAUGCAGCUGCCACUAUAAUCCAGUCUGCCGUCAAAAGGUUCCUUCAAAGACGAAGGAGAGAAAGACAGAAUGCAGCAGCUCUUUGCAUUCAGACUGUCUGGCGCAGCUAUUCAGCGCGUGGAGAAUUGCGACGGCUGCAAAUGGAGAAAUGGCAAGCUCUACGGGACUCUGCAGCGACUGUCAUCCAAGCACAGUGGAGAAAACAGAUGGCCAUGAGGAAGUUCCACAAGUUAAAAUACUACACUGUCACGAUGCAGGCUCGUCUGAGGAUGAAAAUGGCCGUGACUGCUUACAGAAAGAUUCUGUGGGCUGCAGGAACAAUUCAGAGACACAGAUACGCUAUGCUAUUGGCAAAAGAAGAACGUGAAAAAUAUCUUGCUUUCCGAUGUUCCGUCAUUAAAAUCCAAAAAAGUUAUCGGAAAUGGAAGACUCGAACGUGGCUAAAAAAGACCAAUGCCGCCACUGUGAUACAAAUUGCAUUCCGGAAAUGGAAAGCACGAAAACUUGCCCAACAACAUGUCGCUGCUAUAAAGAUACAAUCAUGCUACAGGAUGGUGAAAUGCCAAAAAACAUACAAAAAUCUCAGACAGAAAACGAUCAAUAUACAGGCAUGGUACAGAGGCAACAAAGAGAGACGCAACUUUAAAAAAAUUGAACUUCAGCACUCCUCUGCCAUUCUUAUCCAAAGAGCAUUCAAAGCCAACAUUCUCCAAAGAAGAUUCAUAGAAAAGAGACAAGCUGCCAUUAUAAUUCAGCAUUGGUUUAGGGCAUGUAGACAAAAAGAGAGCGACAAGCAACAAUAUCUGGAAAUGAAACAUGCCGCAAUUACUUUGCAAGCAGCAUUCCGUGGUUAUUUGGUGCGCAAAGCCAUCAAGGAACAACAGCGGGGGUCAGUUGUGAUUCAAUCGGCUUUCAGAAUGUUUGUAGCCCGAAAGAGAUUUUUGUCCUUAAGAAAAGCAGCUCUUGCUCUACAGCAGCAGUACAAGGCUGUUUUAUUGGGUAAGAAGUUGAGGAAGGAAUACCUGGAUCUCCGGCGCUCCAUUGUCAUACUUCAGGCUUUGUGGAGGGGAAGAGCUGAGAGAAAGAGGGUUGAGGGAAUGCAUAAAGCGGCUGUGUUGAUACAGUCUUACUACCGCAGGUAUGCAGCACAGUCAGAGUUCAAGUUGAAGAGAAGCGCUGCGUUGAAGGUACAGAACUAUUACAGAGCCCACAGGUCGGGGAGGGCAACACGUUUGCGUUACCUGCUGCUGAGGAAGGCUGCCACGUCUUUGCAGGCGGGAUUCCGUGGCAUGAAAGCCCGGCUGGAGCUGAGGAGCCGGCAGACAGCAGCCACUCGGAUUCAAGCAGCAUUUAAAGCUUUCUAUUGCAGGCGACGAUUUUUGUCUCUCAGAAGUGCAGCUACUGUGCUCCAGAAUCGAUACCGGGCACGUUUACUCACCCAGUCUCAUCAGCGGCGAUAUAGUCUUCUGAGACAAAUGACUAUACGGAUUCAGGCUGCUUAUCGGGGGUCUAAAGAAAGAAGGAGUGUGAGGAGAAUGCAUGAAGCAGCAACAAUCAUUCAAGCCUGUUUCCGAAGGCAUAAAGCACAGGUGACUUUCGCUGCUGCCAGGUGUGCAGCGUCUGUUAUACAGCAGCGGUACAGAGCUUAUGUCAAAGGACGUCAAGUGCGCAGAAAUUACUUGAAGAUCAGGGAUUCUGUUGUUGUUCUGCAGUCUGUGUACAGGGGCAUGAAAGUUCGACUCCGAGUCCAAAAAAUGCGAUGCUCAGCAACUGUGAUUCAGGCUCAUUACCGCAGACACAAGCAGGUUGUAGAAUUUCGGAGGCUACGCUGGGCAGCGUCUGUUAUCUGUCAACGGUUUAGAGCCAACCGGGAAAGGAGUGUUCAGGUCUCAAAUUACACAGCAAUGAAAAAAGCUGCAGUUUGCAUUCAGUCCGCUUACCGUGGGAUGACAAGUCGAAGACGUGUAAAAAUGAUGCAAGAGGCUGCCAGGGUUAUUCAGCUGAGAUUCAUAGCUUACAGGGAGCACAAGAGGUAUCUUGCUAUGAAAGUCGCCGUUGUCCGAAUUCAGCAAUGGUAUAGAGCUCUUCUCAUUGGCAGGCUACAACAGAAGCGUUAUCAUUCAUUGCUAGCUGCAUCCAUCACCGUGCAAUCUGUAUACAGAGGAAUGAAAGUUCGGAGAGAAGUUCAAAAGCAGCAUGAAGCAGCCACAGUGAUUCAAGCAGCCUUUCAAAUGUACAGAGUAAGGGUGGGCUUUAAAGCUGCAAGGCUAGCUGCAACCAUUAUACAGAGGCACUACAGGGCCCAUAUAAGAAGAAAGCGAGACCAGGAACGUUUCUUGAAACUACGUCGUAGCGCCAUAGUAAUCCAGUCAGUUGUCAGAGGUAAUAAGACGAGAAAAGGGAUGAGACGAAUGCAUUCUGCUGCCACUGUGAUUCAGUCCCAGUUCAGAAUGUUCCAGUGUUGCAUGCACUUCAAGAAGAUGCGUUGGGCCGCCGCGGUGGUGCAAGAGAGGUACAGAGCCCGUAGAGUAAGAGACUCUCUAAUGCAGCAGUAUAGGUCAAAGAAAACCGCUGCACUUGUCAUCCAGAGCGCUUUCCGCGGAUGCAGAGCUAGACGGCGGGUCAGUGCAAUGCACAGGGCAGCCAAGGUCAUCCAGAGGAGCUUUCGUACAUUCAGAGACAAGAAACGCUUUCUUACUCUCAGAGCAGGUGCAGUGCUCGUUCAACAAAGAUAUCGAUCUCUGGUGGCCAUGAGAACACAACGCAAAGAGUUCCUGAUGAAGCGCUCGUCAGUCAUUCUCUUACAAGCAGCUUACAGGGGAAUGAAGGUCCGACAGCAUUUGCAGAUGGAACACAGAGCGGCUGUGACGAUCCAAGCCCAGGUCAGAAGGCACUUAGUAAGAUCAUACUAUCGUAGGCUGCAGUGGGCCGCAAAUGUCGCCCAACGACAUUUUAGAGCCAAAACAUUGAUGAAAGCGGAGGUCCAAGCUCAGAAAGAAAAGACGGCUGCCGUCACCCUUCAAGCUGCUUUCCGUGGAAUGAAGACCAGGACUCAUAUCAAACAAAUGCAGGAGGCUGCCAGUGCUAUUCAGAGACGUUUCAGAACAAACAGGGCACGCACGCACUACCUGUCCAUGAAGUCCUCUGUUCUCACCGUUCAGAGAAGGUACCGUUCUGUGACUGCCGUAAGGAAACGGAAAGAGCAGUAUCAUCGCGUGCGCGCUGCUGCCAUAACCCUGCAGGCUGCUUACAGAGGUCACCAGGUCAGGAAGGAGAUGCAACUGAAACACGCAGCUGCGACUCUGCUCCAGGCACAAUUUAGAAGGCACCGAGCAGUGGUUACAUUUCAAGCGAUGAGAUUGGCUGCCGUCAUCAUUCAGAGACAUUAUAAAUCUUACAAACGGAUAAAACCGGAUCGAGAGAGAUUCUUAACAUUAAGGAAGUCUGUCAUCACAAUUCAGGCAGCAUUCCGGGGACAAAGAGCUCGGCAGAACAUGGCUCGACAGCAUGAAGCAGCUAUGAUCGUUCAAUCCUAUUACAGAAUGCAUAGACAACAGGUGGCUUUCCGAAGGAUGCGUUGGGCGGCUACUCUUCUGCAACAAAAGUUCAGAGCUCAGAAACUGAGAGACUCUGAAGUGCUGUUGUACAAACGAAUUAAGGAGGCAGCAGUUUGCAUUCAGACUUCUUUCCGUCGCAAGCGAGCAAGGGAACUGCUGAAACGACAAAGCGCUGCCCUGAAAGUUCAGUCAUUCCUGAGAAUGUGUUUGCAACGUCGCCGCUUCUUGCAGCAAAGGGCUGCCUCUGUAGUCAUUCAAUCUGCAUUUAGAUGUCACCGUGCCAGACUUGCAUACACAAAGAUGCAAGCCUCUUCGGUGCAGAUCCAAAGAUGGUACAAGUCAUGCCGAUUGGCUCAAAAACAGAAGGCGGAAUACCUUGCUGUCAGGCAAGCAACGGUAACACUGCAGGCAGCUUUUCGUGGCUUGUUGGCUCGGAGACUUGUCGCAAGACGGCGGGCUUCAGUCAAGAUCCAGUCAGUACUACAAAUGGUCAGGUAUCGCAAGAGGUUUUUGAAUCUCCGGUCAAGCACUGUCAAGAUACAGGCUCAUUACAGAAUGUGGGCAGCAAGAAAGCAGUUUCUGAGCUACCAAACAGCUGCUCUCACUCUGCAGCACCACUUCAGAGCCCAGCAGGUUAUGAAGGAGCAGAGACGUGUUUACGUAAACACUCGGAAAAGUAUCCUGACUCUUCAAGCAGCAGUACGUGGACUCAUUGAAUACAAAAAAUUCCAAAGGUUAAAGAGGAGUGCAGUUACAAUUCAGGUAGCAUUCCGUGGACACCAAGCAAGACUGCAUGGCAAGAAGUUACAAGCAGCCAUUAAAAUUCAGGCCUGGUUCAGAGGAAAUGUGGCACGCCGAAGGGUCGUUGCAAAACAAAAAGCUGUCGCAGCUAUCCAUAGGUCUAUGCAAACAAGACUCCAACGGAAUAGGUUCCUAAAGAUUCGCCAAAGUGUAUGCAUUAUCCAGAGGCGAUGGAGAGAAACACUAGAUGCCAGGAGAGCGCGUUGUGACUUCCUGAAAAAGAGUUCUUCCGCAGCUAAAAUUCAAGCAUUGUGGAGAGGUCAUAGUAUUCGGUUGAACCUACAGAAGGAACAGAAAGCUGCCUGCGUGAUUCAGUCAUCAUAUCGGGGAUACGUUCAAAGAAAAGCUUUCCAACAAAUGAAGAAAUCCGUCUUGGUCCUGCAGAAACAUGUCCGAGCACUGCAAAGAGGAAAAGAGGAUUUGGAGACCUUUCAGAGGAUGAAGUCUGCUGUCAUCACCCUUCAAGCGUUCUGCCGUGGAUGGCUUGUCAGGCGACAGCAUAAAGAGGCAGCCCAAGCCAAGAGGAGACACCGCUUCUCCGCAGCAGUUUACCAAAACCUUUGUGCUAUAAAGAUUCAGAGAUUUCUCCGGGCUCGUUGGGCCCUGAAGGUUGCUAUGAGACAGUUGCACUAUGUUAUUUACAUUCAGAGGUGGAUUCGAGCUAAGCUGCAGAAGAAGAGGUACCUUGAAAUGAAAAUGAAGGUGGUGAAGGUGCAGAGAGCAGUUCGAAGGUGGUUAGCUCGUCGCAACACAGCUGCGACUAUCCUCCAACACGCUGUGAAGAAAUACUUGUCGAAGAAACGAGAACAGAGGGUACAACGUGGAAUCAUCAAGGCACAGGCAUUGUGGAGAGGGCACCAAUCACGAAAGGCCAAUGACACAUCAAAAGUUGUUGCUAUGCGGCAUCGCUUCAGAGAAGUAAACCGAGAAGUCAAAGAAGCCGACCGACUUUGUAACAAGACCACACUUGCCAUAGAUUACCUUCUUCGAUACAAGCAUUUCUCCUAUAUUCUGGCAGCUUUAAAGCACUUGGAAACUGCAACCCGACUUUCACCUGAAUGCUGUGAGCACCUUGUGAACAGUGGAGCUACUCUAACCAUAUUCACACUCGUAAGGAGCUGCAAUCGGAGCGUUCCCUCUAUGGAAGUGAUCACCUUUGCAAUCCAAGUUCUUCUGAAUUUGUCGAAAUAUUCUAAGACCACAGAAGCAGUGUAUGCUGUGGAGAAUUCAGUAAACACACUGUUGGACCUGCUGCAGAUCUACCGAGAGAAAGCUGGGGAUAAGGUGGCAGACAAAGGAGGUAGCAUUUUCACCAAGACCUGUUUUCUCCUAGCCAUCUUGCUACAUGAUGAACAGAGGGCUCUGGAGGUCAGAAAUCUUCCCAAAGCCGCAGAUCGAAUUCGCAGUUUAUAUUUUCUGACAGCUCGAAAACACAAAAUGGACACUGAAAGAACAGUGACGAAACUGAAGAUGAAUGUUUCGCUCAAUGGAAGCUUCUUUACCCAACCUACCCCUCGAAAGGCGAAAGCACGGCCAAGAAUUGCACCUGACUGGGUCUUGAGACGAGACAAGAUGAAAGAAGUAGUGGAUCCUCUUCAAGCAAUUCAGAUGGUUGCGGAGGCUUUUACUGUUGUACCUUGAAAUGUGUGAAGAAGCAGGGGUGGUGUCUGUUACACCAAGGAUGUUUAUAAUGAAUUGUACGAAGGUGUACCUGUGUUUUUGUGUUCGUGCUCUCAUAGUAGACUAUGUUGAGCUUGUAAAUAAGAUUGAAUUUUAGUGUAGCAUUACUUUACCUUCUCUAUGGCAAUGGAAUGAAAAAUAUCAAAUCAACUUGCAUUUCAGAUAUUUAUCCAUCUUUCAGUGAUUUCAGUGCAAAACUUUUUUAAAGUAAAUUAAAAGUUUUCCCAAAA